AAUAGCAUUGACGUACUAGUAUGUACCAUGCCCUCGAAAAGAUACCGAUAAAAAGUAGUCGGUUCAUUCAAUCGCGCGCGCGCUCUAACCAUAAUUAAAUAACAUUGAAAUGAAUAUACCUGCUCAACUUCGUGAGAGAAGAGCGAUCAGCGAUAAUCCGAAGCUUAGCCACUAUUCUCGCGAUUUUGCUAAGCCAGAAGUAAUUUCACAACCGGCUAGGCAACAUGACUGACCUAAAUGGGACUUUUUUGGAAAAGUGUUUCUUCUCGUUACAAUUACCAAAGGAACCCGCGGUGGGAGAUGAGAUCGUGCUGAAGGGAGUUUUGAAAGAGGAUGCAAGAAGAUUUUCGGUGAAUCUCUGUCUGGCUCGUACCGAAGGAAAUCAUCCACAGGCCGAACCGGAUCGCAUUGCUUAUCAUUUGGGAUGGAAGUUUUGCGAAGACGGUUGUGAAGUGAUGCAGUGCAGUAAAAAUUCCCUGUGGAGUGACAUGCAAGUCUGUUCCGAUGUAUGGUUCAAUGAGCGAAAAAUAAGUGUGAUCUUCCGGUUUCAUGCGGACACGGUGAAAGUGUUUAUCGAUCAUACGCAGCAACCACCGGAAUACGAGUACGAACAUCAGUUCCCGAUUGAGGAAAUCCAGUCUUUCGAACUGUGGGAUGACUUCGAGCGGGUGGAGGAGAUUACUCUUAGGUUUAGCAAGGGUUGUGCCAACGGUUAUUAAAGAAGUGAAUUGAAAUAAUUAGUGUUUUAGUUUUCUUGUAUUUUACGCCUUGGUAACUGCCUUCUUUCAAAAAAUGCUGUUUUGAUUCGUUAUUUUCGCAUUUAGUUAGAAUCAAUUCCUGAUAGGCUUUGAAAAUACGGGUGGACACUGAGUCAGUGAUGUGAUUUUCAGUGAAAAGUAAUUUUCAAACAUAGGUCUUAUGUCGUUCAUAUUAUAGUUUUUAUCAU